AUGCGUAAUGGUUGGACUGUGCGCAGGAUUGAUACCACACAGGACGUGGUUGUCAUCACGGGCGGUUGCAGUGGCAUUGGUCUCGUGACUGUUGGAAUGCUUGCUGCAAAAGGAUUGCGUGUUGCUAUCCUGGACCGCAACCCAUUGCCUACUACAUCACCUGUGACGGGCAACAGUCGAGUCAAGUUCUUCGAAUGCGACAUUACUGAUCGCGAGCAAGUGAUGCGUGUUGCACAAGAUGUCAAGGCUGCUAUGGGCUCACCUACGAUCUUGAUCAACAAUGCAGGUAUCGUUCGAAAGCAAGCAAUCAUGGAAUCGACGGAGGACAACAUCAACCGAACAAUGCAAGUGAAUGCCAUUUCCCACUAUUGGACAACACAAGCAUUCGUACCUUCCAUGAUUGCCGCUAAUCGUGGUCAUGUCAUCACGAUUUCUUCUGGCGCUGCAUUCCUCAGUGCACCGAAGAUUGGUGACUACAAUAUGUCCAAGGCCGCUGCCACCUCCUUCACGGAGACUUUGCAGUGUGAAUUGCAGUACAUCCACAAGACGCCCGGUGUUCGCACGUCGACCAUUCACCCAUUGUACACGGCUACAGCACUCCUCAAGAAUGAUGACUUUGGCAAGCAAAGCAGCAAGCUCGUGACUUCUGCUCAGCCUCCUGAGGAUGUUGCUCGAAUGAUUGUGAGGACUGUGAUGGAGUACGAGAGCCGAUUCUUGGUGUGUCCUGAAAAGAUGAACAUGUUGAUUGGUAUGCGUAACUGGAAGGAGUGGGCACAGGUGUAUCUUUACAACGGUCUUGCUGAGAGUGUACUUGAAUAA